AUGGUGUUCUUCCGAGGGUCUGUCACCGAGGCAAUUCAAGCUGUUAACCUGGCCCAGGGAUUGAAGCUCUUCUGUGCCUUCAUCAGUGAUGCCAGCGAAUCAAGUUCCGCCAUGAAGACUCUGCUGCAGGAAGAUGCCCUGGCUCGUCUGCUUGCUUCCAGCACCGUCACCAUCGAGCUCAUGAAGAACACGCCAGAUGCCGCCCUGUUUGCUCAGAUCUACCCGAUCUUUAUGCUCCCUGCUUUCUAUAUCAUCAAGGCCGGAGUCUGCGUCGAUGUCAUCUUCUCUGGAACUUCUGGUGCCGAGAUUCUCCAGAGAGUGGCAUCAAAGAUUGACUCUGCGCCGACGCCGAUCACCCCAGCUGCAGCCGCAACCGAAGCGACACCAGUAGAAGCAGCCCAGCCGACCGUACCUCUGCAACGGGGUGAUACAUCGCCUCCGAUUACCCACAGCCAUGGCCUGGUCCCAGUCAUCGAAUCCCAUGUUCAGUCCGAAGCCGCUAGCUCCAGUGUUGAUCCAACGGUCGAUAGAAAGCCCAGCACCACUGCCCUUCAUGGCUCGGUGAGGGAUGGCUCUCGACCAGAUGAGAACAAUCCUAUCCAGACAGCCGAGCGUCCCGUUGGAGCGGCAGGGUCGACCCAGCGACCCGAGAACGCUGCGACUGCUGCUGAGCAGGCCGAACACAUUGGGACCAGCAUACCAAGCGCUGGCUCUGGGCCAAUCCAAGUCCCGGAGGCUGUCAUUGAAGAUCCCUCAGCCAUCACCAUAUCCCAGCCCACGGGUCAUCCCGAUAUUCUCGGCGUCAAUAGCCCUGCCAACGACAAGAACAUCGGCCAUGCACCUGCACCUGCACCUGCACCUGCACCUGCACCUGCACCUGCACCUGCACCUGCACCUGCACCUGCACCUGCACCUGCACCUGCACCUGCACCUGCACCUGCAUCUGCACCUGCAUCUGCACCCGCACCCAAAGCCAAUCCAGUACCGUCCCCUAGGCCUGUACAGCUCCCGGCUCCUGGGCUCACUGGAGCCCAACGACCAGCCCGCCUUGAGCCCAAGCAUGGCCUGCCAGACACUGGUAUUACGAGCAGACCACCCUCAGCAAAGAGUACUGACCGCUCGCUGCUGGCGAUUCGACUCAGCGAUGGAAGCACCGUGCGAGAACAGUUUGAGUCCAGCCAGACGCUUGGCGAUGUCAAGGCAUUCAUUCAGAGGACGGCGCCGCAACAGGGUCCGUUUGUGAUGGUCAAUUCAUCGGUCCUGCCCAGCACCGUUCUGGACAUUACAGACGAAUCCAAGACCCUUCUGGAGCUCGAUCUCACCCCCUCCGGAACAAUCACCCUGCGUCCCGGUCGCAACGUGGCUACGGCCUAUGCGAGCAAUCCAGCUACAAACGGAUCGGCUUCUGGCCUGCUUUCGCAGUGGAUUAGCUGGGUCUGGGUGUUGCUGAUGUCGAUACUUGGCUCCUUCUCGUCAAGAUACACUGUUGCCUCGGCCCAGACUGCGACUCAGACUCAGAGCGCAUCCAGUCCCUCAGAGGCAGCAAAGGGGCUCGCUGGAGCAGCCCGAUCAACCCGCAGAUCGCGAGGCAACCCUCGAAUCCGAACCCUCUAUGACAAGGCCAGCGAUGACGACAGCGAGACCGACGACGAAAGAACAUACAACGGAAACUCAACUAACCAGCAGUGGUGA